ACUUGCUUCUCUUCCUGCAGAGAGUGGACAGGGAUUUGUCAGCCUGCACCCUGCAUUCCUUCCCUCCCUAGUUAAUGGGACUGACCUAAAACCAUGGGUCAUGAGCACUCUCCUCAAGCCCUGACUGUGGAGUGUGCAGCUGACUCUGCUCCUAGGUAUUCUCUCUGGUGAUGUACCACAGUUCUGCACUCGGUUUCCUUCGGAUGUGUCCCGGUUCCUCUGUCUGUUGCUAACUGCACAGGCCACCCAGGGUCUGGUGUGGGCCAUGAGUGUAGAAGAUGGGGGUAUGCCAGGCCUAGCCCAUCCAAGACAGGCUCGCUGGACCCUGAUGCUAGUCCUGUCCACUGCCAUGUAUGGUGCCCAUGCACCAUUCUUAGCACUGUGCCAUGUGGAUGGCCGAGUGCCCUUCCGGCCCUCCUCAGCUGUAUUACUCACUGAGCUGACCAAACUACUGCUGUGCGCCUUCUCCCUCCUGGUGGGCUGGCAAACAUGGCCCCAGGGCACACCACCCUGGCGCCAGGCUGCACCUUUUGCACUAUCAGCCCUGCUCUAUGGCGCCAACAACAACCUGGUGAUCUAUCUGCAGCGUUACAUGGACCCCAGCACCUAUCAGGUGCUGAGCAAUCUCAAAAUUGGAAGCACAGCUCUGUUGUACUGCCUCUGCCUUGGGCAUCGCCUCUCUGCACGUCAGGGGUUGGCACUGCUGCUGCUGAUGGCUGCAGGAGCCUGCUAUGCAUCAGGUGGCUUUCAGGAACCCGCGAAUGACCUUCCUGGGCCCGCAUCGGCAGCCGGAGCCCAUCCCAUGCCCUUGCAUAUCUCUCCCCUGGGGCUUCUGCUCCUCCUCUUAUACUGCUUCAUCUCUGGCUUGUCAUCGGUGUACACAGAACUGAUCAUGAAACGGCAGCGGCUGCCCUUGGCUCUCCAGAACCUCUUCCUCUACACUUUUGGGGUGAUCCUGAACCUUGGGCUGUAUGCUGGCAGUGGCCCGGGCCCAGGCUUCCUGGAGGGUUUCUCUGGAUGGGCAGUGCUUGUGGUGCUGAGCCAGGCAGUGAAUGGGCUGCUCAUGUCAGCUGUCCUGAAGCACGGCAGCAGCAUCACACGCCUCUUCGUAGUGUCCUGCUCCUUGGUGGUCAAUGCUGUGCUCUCGGCCGCGCUGCUGCAGCUCCAGCUUACAGCCGCCUUCCUCCUGGCCACACUGCUCAUUGGCCUGGCGGUGUGUUUGUACUAUGGAAACCCCUAAGGCCUUGGCCACCCCCACUCUCACCUGUGGCUGUGCAGAGUAGAUGCAACCACCAGAGCCAGCUCCCAUCGCACACCCCACCCACCCCAGCAGCCCAGUAACAAGUGCCUUGUAAGAAAAGCUAAGGUGGUCAUGUUAGCCUCUGGAUGUUCAGGUGGGUGAAUGCUACCCCUAGGAAGCAUAGAGUGGGCUUGGUUAAGGAAAGGCCUAACUGCACCCCUAUAUUUCUUCAUACUAAAGAACUGGAAGCCUCAAGCCCAGGCUUAAGCAGCCUGUCCUUGAGGAACCUGCCUCGUCCUGCAUGAACAUGGCUACUAAAGGGGGAAGUUUUGUUCAUGCCUGUAGUGGUCCCUCCUGAAGACCCCUCGCCCUGAAGCUUCAUGCUGGCCUGCUCCAGCACAGCAUGACUCCCAUGUAAGGGAUGCUUAGUUUGCCCACUCUACAGUCCUGUUCCCCUUACCCAGCCAUUCUAGAAAGGUCAGAGGGGGCUGGGGCUUGACUCAUCUCAGGGAACAUUGCCCUGGGCCCUGGCUCGAGCCUACACUCCUGACUCCUGUCCUAACUCAAGGGCCCUAUCGAAGCCCACUUCACCUCUAAGGGACUUAGGAGGUACUGUUUUUCCCACUCUAGCCCCCUCCUAGUGGUGUCCCAGCUCUGCACAGGAAGCAGGUACAGAAAACGUUUAUAGCUAAUCAGUGUCUAACUACUUAAGCAAUAAGGUCUUAAUAAAGUGUUCAGGGUGUAGGGUGCUUCCUACAACCAUUCACAA